GCAUUUAAGAAAAGGUGUUUGAAUCCUGAAAAAAUCAAUCCCAACUCGAUGGGUUCAAGAAAAAGGGACUGGGCGUAGUGGGGCGAGCCAGCCCACGGACCAUGACUGAUUUGGACGCCUCUGCUUUGCAUGCACAUAUACUCAGCGCCCACAUGUGUCCAUGGGUCCAUUUUAUGACUCGUGCCGGGGCAAAGCUAGUAGUUUGGUUGAAAAAAUGGAGAGCUAUCAAUUUGUUUUUAUAGCCCACUUGAUGAAGAAGGUAUUGGGAUUGACGAAUAUGUUGUCACAUUUCUUGCAACAAAAAGAUCAGAACAUUCUUGAGGCUGUGAGCUUGAUUAAAAGCACUAAAGAGAAGUUCCAAGAUUUGAGAGAAAGUGGAUGGGAAGAGCUAUUAGAAGAUGUCAGUAAAUUUUGUGUGAAGAAUAAAAUUGACAUUCUAAACAUGGAAGAUACAACUCAUCGUUCUAGACGCGUUCGCCAUCCGGUAACAAAUUAUCAUCACUUUCGAGCUGAUAUUUUUUAUCAGGUUAUAGACCAGGUCAAUCUGGAAAUGGAGAAUCGCUUUAGUGAGUCAAAUACAGAUUUACUCGCUUGUUUAGCUUGCCUUGAUCCUAAAGAUAAUUUUUCCAAUUUCUGUGAGUCAAAGCUACUCAGUCUUGCGGAGUUAUAUUCAUCUGAUUUUUCAGCUGUUGAGCAAAUGGAGCUUAAAGAACAACUCCAAGUUUGGAUAUAUGAGAUGAGUGGAAAUGAAGCAUUUUCCACUUUACAAAGUAUUGGUGAAGUGUCUAAGAAGAUGGUUGAGCUUACAAUUCACAAAUCUUUUCACUUGGUCUAUCGUCUUAUUGAGUUGGCUCUAGUGUUACCAGUUGCAACAGCCACAGUUGAAAGAGCUUUCUCAUCGAUGAAUAUUAUCAAGACAGAUCUUCGCAAUAAGAUGGGAGAUGACUAUCUUACGGAUUGCUUAGUAUGCUAAAUCGAAAGAGACAUUUUUCAAGCAAUUGAUAAUGAAGCUAUUAUGCAGCAUUUUCAAAAUAUGAAAACUCGUAGGAUUGAUUUGCCUAGGUUGCAGAAGUAAAUCAAUUAGUAUGUAAUGAACUAUAAUUUUUUGUUAAAUUAUUACGCUAUUGUUGUUCUUAUUAUAUUUUGGACACGAACUUUAAAAUUUUUAGUCUUUGGUUUGCCCCUCCUUGGACAAAUCUCUGGCUCCGCCACUG